UGAAAAACUGAGCGAAAAAGUGCAAAAGAACUGAUAGGAAAAACUCUAGAAAAAGCAGAACAAAACGUUAAGAAAGUAAACUAUACCAUGGCCAUAGGAAAACGCCCUAUGGGCACUGCAAGUGAUACCACAAUAAAAAAAGCAACAAUCAAAACAACAAUAAAUCCAAAAACUACAACAAGCAAAAACAGCAGCAACAACAUCAAUCUCUACAACAAUAGCAACAGCAAGAGACGGGCGGAACAGCUGUUCCGUUGCGCCUGUGCAAACUUCAAUCUGCUGCUGCUAACGUUGAUGCUCGGCUUGGGCAAAUGUUGCACAGCCACGCCCACACCCGCAUCAGCAGGGACAACACCAACAGCAGCAGCAACAACAACGACAGCACACCAGCAACGGCUGACUCCUGACUCAGCUGGUGCUGGCUCAUUGAGCAAACUGCUCGAUGGCAAGACCUUCAUCAACAUGAGCUUCAAAUUUCUGAAUGUAUCUGGAAAGAUUGGCACUCCCCUCGGCAUAGGACAAUCGCUGGAGGCCAAGUGCGAUGAGAAGCAGUUUCAGUGCCACAAUGGGGAUUGCAUUCCCAUACGAUUCGUGUGCGAUGGCGAUGCCGACUGCAAGGAUCACAGCGAUGAACAGGUCACAGAAUGCAAGUUUUUGGAGGCCACCUGCUUGACGGACCAAUUCCGUUGCACGAAUGGAAAUUGCAUACCGAAUAAAUGGCGCUGCGACCAGGAGAACGACUGUUCUGAUGGAUCCGAUGAGGCCACAGCGUUGUGCAUGAAUGCCUGUCCCAACAACGAGUUCAAAUGCCAAACCGUCGAGCAGUGCAUUCCGCGUGGCUGGCUCUGUGACGGCAACAGCGAUUGUCGCGACAAGUCCGAUGAGGCGCACUGCAAGGCACGCACCUGUUCCCCGGACGAAUACGCCUGCAAAAACGGCGAAGGGCAGUGUGUACCUUUGGCCUGGAUGUGUGACCAAAGCAAGGACUGCAGCGAUGGCUCCGAUGAGCACAACUGCAAUCAAACUUGCCGCUCCGACGAGUUCACCUGCGGCAACGGGCGUUGCAUACAAAAGCGUUGGGUGUGCGAUCACGACGAUGACUGCGGCGAUGGCUCCGACGAGCGAGAGUGUCCGGUGGUGCCCUGCGACGCUGUGGCCGAGCACACUUGCACCAAUGGGGCGUGCAUCGCCAAGCGUUGGGUGUGCGAUGGGGAUCCGGACUGUUCGGAUGCCUCCGAUGAGCGGUCCUGCCCGAAUGUGACCAACACUACCAUACCCUGCCUGGCUCAUGAGUAUCAGUGCAAGGAUCGGAUCACCUGCCUGCACCACAGCUGGCUCUGCGACGGCGACCGGGACUGCCCCGAUGGCGACGAUGAGCAUACGGGUAACUGCAAAAACGUGACCUGUAGACCGGACCAGUUUCAGUGCGGGGAUCGCAGCUGCAUUACCGGACACCUCACCUGCAAUGGCGACAAGGAUUGUGCGGAUGGCAGCGACGAGCGGGACUGCAGCCAGAGCCUAGGCACCACGAAGGGCACCUGCAUUGCCACAAGCGAAUUUAACUGCGGUGGGGGUCAGUGCAUUGUCCUGAGCAGGGUCUGUGACAAGCGGAAGGACUGCCCCGAUGGCGAGGACGAGCCGGCAGGCAAGUGUGGCGUGAAUGAGUGUGCCGCCAAGAAUGGCGGGUGCAUGCACCAGUGUGUGGAUUUGGUGGUGGGUCACCGCUGCGAAUGUCACGAGGGAUACAAGCUAUCCGGAGAUAAGCGCAACUGUGUAGACAUCAAUGAAUGUGACAAUCCAGGCACUUGCUCCCAGUUGUGCAGCAACGAGAUUGGGGGAUUCAAGUGCGAAUGCGAGGCGGGAUACAUGCGGGACCCGCACAAUCACACUCGUUGCAAGGCGGGUGAGGGACAUGCCUCACUGCUUCUGGCGAGACGUCACGAUAUACGGAAGAUCGCCCUCGACCACAUGGAAAUGACGUCGAUCGUGAAUAGCACAAAGUCGGCGACGGCACUGGACUUUGUGUUUCGCACGGGAAUGAUCUUCUGGAGCGACGUGACGACGCAGAGCAUCUACAAGGCGCCCAUUGACGAGGGAAACGAGAAGACGGUGGUGCUAAAACAGUCGUCAGUGACAUCGGAUGGACUGGCAGUGGACUGGAUCUACAACCACGUGUACUACACGGACACGCACAAGUGCACCAUCGAGCUGACCAAUUUUGAUGGCAACAUGGGCAAGGUGCUCAUUGAGGAUGCGCUGGACAUACCGCGCUCCAUCGCCCUCGAUCCCAUCGAGGGAUGGAUGUACUGGUCCGACUGGGGCGCCUCCCCGCGCAUCGAGCGCGCCGGCAUGGAUGGCAGCCACCGCACCACCAUAAUCAGUUACGACGUCAAGUGGCCCAACGGCAUCACCCUGGACCUGGUGCGCAAACGCAUCUACUGGGUGGAUGGCAAGCUGAAUGUCAUCUCGUCGGCCAACUACGAUGGCUCCCAGCGGCGCCAGAUUCUCUACUCCACCGAGUACCUGCGGCAUCCCUUCUCCAUCACCACAUUCGAGGAUUACAUCUACUGGAGCGACUGGGACAAGCAGACCGUCUUCAAGGCUAAUAAGUUCACGGGAGAGGGUGUGGAGCCCAUCACAGCGGUACACAUGCUACAACAUCCGAUGGUGAUCCAUGUGUAUCAUCCGUAUCGACAGCCCGAUGGCUUCAACCACUGUCAGUCCGUGAAUGGCCACUGCUCCCACCUCUGCCUGCCCGCACCGAGGAUCAACGAACGCAGUCCGCGAAUCUCCUGCGCCUGCCCCACGGGCCUUAAGCUGAUGGCCGAUGGGCUUAUGUGCGUCGAAGAUCCCCUUUAUGUGGUCGUCACUAAACCCCCGCGAGCACUGAAAACAAAACCGAAAACGAAAACAGAGCCACGGCGACUGCCAGCGAGGCUUACAGAUAGAGAAGCGCAUGAAGAGACCAGGCUGAGCACGCAGCUGCCACUGGGGCACGGAACAAUCGUUGCCGACCAGCGUCCAGUAAAGAACCACACACAAAUCGAACACACGACAGCGCCCAGUCCGCAACCAGAUUCGGGCUUCAUAGCGCUGGUUGUCAUCGCCAGUCUCAGUGGUUUUGCAGUUCUGCUAUCGGUGGUCCUGCUCAUUGGCUAUCGCUACUGCAGCAAGCGAACCAUCAACUCAAUGAACUUUGAGAAUCCCAUUUACCGAAAGACCACGACCACAGAGGAUCAUUUUAGUUUGCGCAAGAAUUUGCCAGCGCGCAUAUAUGAUCAUACCAGUGUCAUGGAUGAGGAGUACUCACCCGUCAUAGGCAUAUCCUCGUAUUAGAAAGAAUGUUACUUGUUUACUUCCUUUGUUUGGUUGGUGGGUUGGGAGAGCAGACACGAGAAGCAGACGCGCAGAAGACACACGCCUGAAGACUGAGUAACUCUGUGUAUUGUGUAAAUUAAUUAUUUUAACAUUUUAAGGCAUGGCAAGGGGACACGGCGUGUCACUAGGAGGCGUAUCCUUAGAGGAUGCUGUACAAAAAUACUUUGUCGCAGAGUUCUAAGUAUCAGAAAAAAAAACACA